AAACUUACAAUACAGAAUUCUGAAUUUCAUAUAAUUUAUAUUUAGUAUAUUUUAUAAUUAAAAUUAAUUUAUUCUUAUUCACUAUAGAAAUUUAUUUAUUCUUAUUUCAUAGAUUAUCUUCAAUAAUAAAAUAAAAUAAUUGUUAUUUUUUUUAAAAAAAAAUAUAUUAUAUUUCAUAAAUUUAUAAUAAUUAAUAAAUAUAUUAAUCAAUUAAUAAUAUAUAUGAAAGUUCUAUUUAACAGCAUAAAAGUUUUAUUAUCUGAGUGCAUAAUGAUAGGAGAGAGAAAGAGAGAAAGGUAGGAAAGAGAGGGAGGAGAGAGAGGGAAAGAAAAAAGCAAGAGUGGAUGUAUUUAUAAGAAAUAUAUGGGCACUUUAGUUUAUUUAUUUAAAUUUAGUUUUAACCAUGACUUUGGCUUUUAGGUACGAGGCAUUAUUCAUUCAAAAUGUUGUCAAGCUUGUUGGAAAUAAAUUGGAUCGCAAGCUUUAGCAUGUGGCUUCCCACUUAGUUGGAAUUGAUGAUAGGGUUCUGAAAUGAAUUAGGCAUUGAUUAGAUCAAAUUGUUAUUGGGGGCAAUAUGAUUUGAAUAUUCAGUAUAGUUUUGUAGUGUCAUUGCUUUCUGUAGAAAUGGGAAAUGGGGAGAAAUUUUUACUUUGUAGAUUGAAUGACUUUAUUAUUAUUAUUUUUAUUUGCAAGAGGGUGGUGUAUGAAGAAUUGAAGCUAAUCAUUGGCAUUUAGGACUAGAGACUAGGAAAAGGAACUUAGUGCAAAGUGACACUAAUAAAUUUAGCAAUUCUGAAUAUGACUAAAAUCAUUGCAAAAUGAUAGUAAGAGGAUGAACUGAAAACUAAGAACCUGAAAUGCUAAACCUUUUUAAAAUAAUUUCAAUUUUGUGGAUUGUGGAUGUUUUGACUUGACGUAGGCCAGAUUAAUCAGUGGUUGCAAGAUGAGUCGAUAAAUGUUAAGAUAUUGGUACUUUACGGGAUUGGUGGGGUUGGAAAGACCACCAUUGCAAAGACUGUUUAUAACCAGAACUAUGACAAGUUUGAAAGGAGCUGCUUUCUUGCGGACGUUGCUGAAACAUCAGAACAGCCAAAAGGUGUGAAUAGCUUACAAGAACAACUUCUUUCAGAUAUGCACAAGGGGAAAUCAGUAAAGAUAUAUAAUGUAGAUGAGGGAGUUAUGAAGAUCAAGAAUGCUAUGUGUUGCAGGAAAGUUCUUAUUGUUCUUGAUAAUGUGGAUAAUCCGGAACAAUUCAAAUCCAUUAUCGGUGAGCAAGAGUGGCUGUCCUCGAGAAGUAAAAUCAUCAUAACAACUCAAUUUAAGAGUUUGUUAACUAAAGGUCGUUGGAAACUUCACAUUGAGCCAUUGAAUGCUAAUGAGUCACGUAAGCUCUUCGCCUUGCAUGCCUUUGGACAAGAAGAUCAUCCUGAAAAUUUCAACGAGCACUGUGAAUGUGUAUUGAGGUUUUGUGAUGGUCUUCCAUUAGCUCUUUGUGUUUUAGGCUCCUUUCUCGGUUGCAGAAGUACAGAUGAAUGGAAAAGUGAAAUUGAAGAACUGCAAGAAAUUCCUGGUAGUCAAAUUCAGAAGGUUCUUAGAAAAAGCUAUGAUUCUCUGCAAAAUGAUCGUCAUAAAGAAAUAUUUCUUCACAUUAUUUUUUUCUUUAUUGGGUGGGAUAAAGAUGUUGUACUUAAAAUUUUAGAUGGCUGUGGCUUCAAAACAAAUUCGGGAGUUCAAAGUCUCAUGGAUAGAUGUCUCAUUGAAAUCAAUGAAAGUAACAAGCUUACGAUGCAUCAAUUGGUUAGAAACAUGGGUAUAGCAGUCGUUCUCCAAGAAUCUCCUGAUGAACCGGGGAAUCCUAGUAGAAUAUGGAAUCAUAAAGAGGCGUUUAGAGUGUUGACAGAAAAAACAGGUACCCAGACAAUUAAGGGCCUCAUUCUUGACAUGCACAUGUUAAGAGAAGAGAAACAUGUCAGACCAAUUUCAAAUUAUGGAAAUCAUAUUUAUGAAAAUUCUGUGGAGGAAUCAAUGCUUGGUUGUGAAGAUAACUGAUCAUGAAUUGUAUCUCAAAAACUUUGUCUACCUCAUCAGAUGUGAUCAAAACAGAGGCAUUUGCAAAUAUGCGCCAAUUAAAUGUGCUUCUGCUCAAUGAUGUUAAGCUUGAUGGAGGAUAUGAAGAUUUUCCAAAACACUUUGAUGAAGAAGCACCAAUGCCUAUGCCAUUAUUUAGAGGACCCAUCACUAGAGCCAGAGCUAGAGAGCUGCAAGCAUUGGUGUUGGAGCAUUGUGAGCACAAGGGGAUCAAAAUUGCCAUGUUGGACUUUCUUGCAUAUUGUUAGAAUCUAGGUGGAUCGUUCUCACACAAGUUGGCAUGGGAGACUUGAUAAGUGGCGCCACAUCAGCGUGACUUUGCCACAUCAACAUGACUUGGCACAAGACCAUUCGGCCAAGUGGAUUGGAGGAGCUUCUUAUGCUUAUUUGGAUUUGCCAUGUGCUGACACCUUUUAUUGGUCCCCACUACAUUAAAAAAUGACUGCUACCACCUAAAGUGUUGCUGCCCCCUUAUGGUUCCCACUACAUAAAGGGCUGCCAUAAAGCAAGUGGCCCCAAAUGGUCCCCCCCCCCCUAGGGAGACGCCCCGUCUGAUUAAGGAGCCUUGUAUUUUUGUCUUUUUAGCCAUGUUGGCACACUUUUAGGGUUUUGGCACACUUUUAGGGUUUUAGAGAUACUAUAUAUAACCCAGGAUAUUCAGAUUGUAUGGGGCAGCCUUCAUUUUUCUAGUUUUAGUGUGAGCAUUAGGGAGGGAACUCCAUUGCUGAAGCUUGAGUUUCUUCUAUGUUUCUUCCAUGUUUCUUGAAAGACCUUGGAUUCUAGUAGCAUGAACCUCUUGCUAGUCUUA